AUGGCAACUUUUACGACUUCUUCCAAAGUUCGGCAGGAAAAAUAUGAUGUUUUUGUUAGUUUUAGAGGUUCAGACAUUAGACGUGGAUUUCUUAGCCACUUGAGAAAGCAGCUACGACUAAAGGGGAUAGACGUGUACGAGGAUGAGAGGUUAGAAAGAGGAGAUGAAAUAUCAUCUGCACUUUUGGAAGCAAUAGAAAGAUCAAGAAUUGCGUUAGUGAUAUUCUCAAAAGACUAUGCUUCUUCAAGGUGGUGCUUAGAAGAGCUAGAGAAAAUCAUGGAAUGCAGGAGAGUCAAUAAUCAGAUUGUAAUCCCAGUUUUCUAUAAUGUAGACCCAUCACACGUUAGGCAUCAAGAAGGAUCUUAUGCUGAUUCAUUUGCUCGGCACCAGCAGAAGUUUAAAGACAACUUGUUACAAAUUUGGAGAUCUGUCUUGAAAGAAGCUGCAAACUUAUCUGGUUAUGAUCAUUCCUCAACUUUUCAAAAUGAAUGUGAUCUUAUUGAUGGACUAAUCAAAGAUAUAUCAAAAAAGCUAGAAGGUAAAGACACAAUUGAGCCAAAACACCUUAUUGGAAUUGAUGAAAAUUUGGCUACUGUUGAAUCAUUUAUGAAAAAUGACUCACAAGAAGCUGGAGUUCUUGGAAUUUGGGGUAAAGGAGGGAUAGGUAAAACAACCUUGGCUCGUGCCACAUUUGAUAAGUUUUCCCACCAAUUUGAUAGUUCUUGCUUUGCAGCAAAUGUGAGAGAGGAAUCGAAAAAGAUUGGAUUGACUUGUUUACUUGAAAAAAUUCUCAUUGUUAUACUAAACGAAGAAAAUCUCACAAUGGUUGGAAUGCCUAAUAUUCAAAGGAGGCUACGUCGAACAAGAGUUCUUCUAGUGCUUGAUGACGUAGACACCCCCAGUCAAUUACAAUAUCUUAUUGAAGAAAAUCUCUCAUUGGGACCAAGUAGCAAAGUCAUCAUAACAAGUAGAGACAGGCAUGUUCUUAUUAGUGGAGGAGUUCAUAAAGUACAUGAGGUGAAAGAAUUAAGCAAGGAAGAAUCACUUCAACUUUUCUGUCAGCAUGCUUUCAAGCAAGGCCAUCCCAAACAAGGAUAUGAAAAGUUAUCAGUGCAGGUAAUUGAAUAUGCAAAAGGUCUUCCUCUGGCAUUAAAAGUUUUGGGUUCAUAUUUGAACUCUAGAAAUACAAAAGCAUGGGAGAGUGCCCUUAAAAAAUUGAGAAAGUAUCCAAAUAGGGAAAUUCAAACUGUAUUGAGGGUGAGCUAUGAUGGACUUGAUGCACCAGAAAAGGAAAUAUUUUUAAAUAUUGCAUUCUUCUUCAGGGGAGAAAAGAAAGAAGAUAUUAUGAGAGUGCUUGAUGCUUGUGAUGAUGACCUCUACAUGGACAUUGGAAUAGAUAGGCUUCUAGAUACAGCACUCAUAACUAUUUCAAGUGACAAUAGAGUAGAAAUUCAUGAUAUGCUACAAGAAAUGGCUGAAGAAAUAGUUCGUGAGGAAUCUAGAGAGCACCCUAAAAGGCGAAGUCGAUUAAAUGAUGUAAAAGAAAUUCAAGAUAUACUAGAAAAUAACAAGGGAACUGAUAUAAUUGAAGGCAUUGCGUUGAGCAUACAUGAGUUAAAAAGCGACAUACACUGGAGUGCUGACGCUUUUAGAAGAAUGAACAAACUGGCUGAAAUCCAAAUGUAUCAUAGUAAUAUUGUAAAACUAUCGGAGGGUGUGCAGGAUCUUAUGAAUUUGAAGAUAAUAAAUCUUGCUCAUUCGUGGAGGUUAAAGGAGUUGCCUGAUUUCUCCAUGGCACAAAAUCUUGAAAUAAUGGACCUUAGCCAUUGUCACUGUGCCAUGUCAUUGUUGAAGAUUCUAUCACUACGAGAAAGCAGCGUUAAGAGUUUGCCAAAUAGCAUCAAGCAUCUUUCAGAGCUCAGAAAAAUUGAUUUGAGUGGAUGCCGGAGGCUUAGGUCCUUACCAGAACUUCCAUCUUCCCUUAUUUGUUGUUAUCUCAGCGAUUGCCCAUCACUGGAGACCUUCAGUUUCCCACUGAUGCGAGCAAUACAUAACUCUAGUGAGGUUAGAGUCUGUUAUCCCGGAAGCACAAUCCCAGGGGGCUUCAAAUAUUCUCAGACCGCUAAGAGUUCCAUUAGUAUUGAGCUUGCACCAGCUUCUUCUGACCAUUUAUUGGGUUUCGCUUCUUGUUGUAUUUUUUCUGGAUUGGUGGUUGGCUCUUGGCCACCAGGUGAUAGAAAAUUCCACUUUGACGAUGAAAAGAUCUAUUACAAGGGUGAAAAUGAACCCAGUUACCUCGGGUAUCUGAGUAAAGAUCAUGUUUGGUUAUGGUAUGAUCCAGUGGAUCGCAUGUUGAAGGAAAACCAAAUAAGGCGAUUUGUUGAGGGCGCCACUUGCAAGUUUGCAUGUGAAUUCUUCUUUAGUUCUAUCUUCGGUUCUCAUCCGAAUGUAUAUAAUCACAGGAUAAAAGGGUGCGGAAUUUGGCCAAUAUAUGCAUCAAAAUUACAAGAGAAAAUGGAAUUAAGGCUGGAGACGGAUGCUGUUACAGGCAGUACCCUAAUGCUGAAGUGUCCCAACAUUAGCCAGCACGUACGUGAUUCCGUUAGGAGAAGCACUUGUGUGCGCCAGAGGACAGGGAACUUGACCCGUGAUGCC